AUGACUGCCGUCACGAAAGAGGCCGAAGAGUUGGACAAAUCGCGCAAACAUUUGUCACUUCUUCGCGAAGAAUACGUAAAACUGCAGCAAAAGUAUUGCGAUUUGGAGAAGAAGUACAACCUAUUGAACGCUUCCUCCGGAGUGGUGGACGACAACUCAUUCGUCUCGCGAUUGGUCCGCAAUGUGGCCAACCUUUUUGACAAAGACUUGUACUCCGAUCUGACCAUUAAACUCAAUGGCAGUUCAGUGAAGGGCCAUAAGUUUGUGCUGUCGGCCCGAAGUGAUGGCUGGGAUCAGUUGGACCACUGCUCCGAACUCGACUUAACGCAUGUGAACCCAGAGGUGGGCUUUCACUUCGUCCGAUGGCUCUAUACGGACGCCAUUGACUUCAGUCACCGCAACGAAGACUUCAUACUGGAUGUGAUGCGCGCCGGGAAGCGCUUCGACUUGAAUCCGUUGGUAGAGCUCUGCGAACAGACACUCAUGUCGUUCGUGAAUGUCUCCAAUUGUGUCCAAUUCUAUCAGACGGCCGACGAGAUCGGCGCCGAAACGCUGAAGAAUCACUGCUCGGAACUGGUGUCCAAUCAUUGGGACGACUUCACGAGCGACGACUUUGUCUCGAUGUCCGCCCCGUUGUUGUACGCGAUGUUCAAAACGAAGACCGAAUACCCGUUGCAUACAGCGAUUCGGAUCAAGAGAGAGGACGUCUUGUUCUUGUAUUUGAUUGAAUUCGACGCCCAAUUAGUGGUCAAACUGAACGAAACCGAUAGAGCGGGUGAACUGCCCCUCCAUUUGGCGCUGAAGACCAAACAGGAGGACAUCGCCCGCACACUGGUCUCCCAUAAGGCCAAUGUGAACGCCGCCGACGCUAACGGCCAGACACUACUCCACAGAGCCAUCCAACGAGACGACCACUUCUCGGCCCACUUUCUCGUCAAGAAUAACGCGUCGGUCGAUACGCCCGACUCCGUGGGCGACGUUCCCCUCCAUCUGUGCGCCGAUAAGGCCAACAGCGACGGUAUGUCUAGAAUCGCGCGCAAUCUCUUGGACUCCGAGGCCGACCCCAACUUCCAGGACUCCAACGGCAACUCCGCCCUUCACAGAGCCGUUAUGUCGCUAAACAAAGAGGUGUUUGACAUACUAUUAGAACAGCCGAAGAUUGCUAUUGAUUUAAGAAACAAAAAGCAUUCGACGAGUUUUGCCAUAGCGUUGACCAAAUUGGCCGAAAACGAGUCAUUCGCCCGGGAAUUGGUCCGAAGGGACUGUUCUAUUGACUCGAUUAAUCCCGAGACCAGCGACUCAUUACUGCACGCGUGCGCCCGAGUGGGUAAUGAAACGGCCGGACUCUUCCUGACCGGCAAUGGGGCCAAAAUUAAUCUGACCAAUAGUCGGGGCGAAUCACCCCUACAUAUCGCCGCCGCUAACGGUCUCUCUGGCGCGAACUGCAAUCUCCAGACGUCUCCGCUAUCGUUCGCCGAAUCGAUGUCAUCGCCCGAAGCGGAACAGGUGUUCAAUCAGACGCCACUCCAUUUGGCGAUCGUCGGCGGCCACGAGUCGGUGAUCGAAGUGAUACUCAACCAAAAUAACAGGUCGUCGUCGAUGAAGGGCGACGUCGGCUCAGCUCUACUGCAGCCGAACCUCAAUCUCAAGAACUCCAAAGACCAGACGCCGCUAUCGCUGGCCAUACAGUCGGGCCUUCACACGACGGCCCAGAUGUUGAUCAACGCCGGCGCCAGCGUUAAUAUAAUCGACGCCAACGGCCGCUCACUCCUGCAUCAGGCCAUCAUCGAUGGCGACGAACAGAACGCCAUAUUCCUCCUCAACCACGGCUCCGACAUCGCUCUCAAGACACCGGACGGCGAGACGAGUCUCCAAUUGGCUGUCAAACACCAAUUGGAUUCAGUGGCUGACGAGUUGUGCGCCAAAGGAUCCGAUGUUAAUGUUGUUGAUAAAGACAGUAAUUGUCUUCUAUGGUCAGCCCUACAACUGGAGGACGACAACAUCGCGUCCACACUUGUGCGCUAUCAGUGCGACACUGAUUACUGGGCGCCGGCAGAGGACGGCCUCCAACAGACACUAUUGCAUCGGGCGUUGGACGAGAACAACGAGAGAGCGGCCUGUUUUCUGAUCCGUUGCGGUUGCGAUAUCAACGCCACCCGACGGCCGCCGCCCAACGCCACCGGCAAUGAAGAGGUGGACAAACAGACGCCGCUCCACUUAGCGUCGGGUUGGGGUCUGGAGGACGUGGUGUACACACUGUUGGAGCACUUGGCGAAUGUGAACGCACAGGACGUCGAGGGCAAGACAGCCCUUAUGAUCGCGAUUGUCAAUCAACACCAGAAGAUAAUAACACUGCUUCUGGAGUGCAAGCAAAUCGAUCUGUCCCUACGCGACAUCACCGGCAAUACGGCGUUCUCGCUGUGCGUGAAGUACCGCAACAAUAGGGCCGCCCUAUCGGUGCUGAUCAAAGAGCCGACCGCUGCCGACAAAUACGACGGAAAGGGCAGGAAUUACCUGCACAUCGCCGUCGAGAAGAAGGACAUCGAGAGCGUACUAUUCCUUCUCAGUAUUAAAGUGAAAGUGCACUCCAGAGUGCGCGACAACACACAGAAGACGGCUCUCCAUUUGGCCGCAGAGGCCGGCAAUGAGAUGAUUGUCCGCAAUCUAUUGCUCGCCGACGCGCCCAUCGCUGACGUGACGUCCGCUAAACAAACCGCUCUUCAUUUGGCGGCCGAACACGACUUCAGCGCCAUUUGUUCUAUACUUCUGGAGAAUGGUGUCGAUUACGACGCGGUCGACAUCAACGGUAACAACGCGUUGCACAUCGCGUGCCAAAAGGGACAGUUGGCCACCUGUAAGGUAUUGUUGGCCGAGUCCCGUAUCAGCGCUGAUACGCUCAACCUUAAGGGCCAGAAUCCGGUCCACUUGUUGGCCACGUUUGGUCGCGAGAACGCGGCCGCCAUUUUCGAGAUCUUCAUCGAGUCUAUGCCCGAGUAUCCCAUCAAUAAAGUCGACGGCACCGGCAAUACGCCACUGCUUUUGGCGUAUAUGAAUGGCAACGGAAACCUGUGCCGAGCGCUCAUCAAAUCGGGCGCAGUGUUGGGCACCUGUAAUAACGACGGCGUAAACAUAUUCAACCAUUCGGUGGCCACAAAGAAUCUGCUCUACCGUUUGCUGGACUUUCUGCCGGCCGAACCGCCCUGGACUGCGGCCGAGGCGUGCCUGGAGUGUGGCCUCAAGUUCAGUCUCACCACACGUAAGCAUCACUGCCGCCACUGCGGGCGUGUGCUGUGCAGCCGGUGCUCCGGUAAGGAUCUGCCCAUUUUGAAGUUCAAUCUGACAAAACCGGUCAGAGUGUGCGAAGUCUGCUUCGAUGUACUCACUCUCGGCUUCAAUACGUAA